AUUUACUGUAGCUGUUUUCUUUUCCAGGACGCUCCUUGUUCUUUCCCUCCGACCUCACCCCUCUUGCGCGUUCUCUCUUCCACUCUACUUCUCACUCGCUCUCCCACUUCCCCCCUCUCCGGCCGUCACCAUGAAGCGCCAGAACGUCCGCACUCUCUCGCUCGUCGUCUUCACCUUCACCUACCUACUGAUCGGUGCGGCCGUGUUCGACGCCCUCGAGUCGGACACGGAGCGCCGGAGAUGGGACUACUUGAAAGAGUUCCGAGAGAAGAUGAUGGACCGCUACAACAUGUCUCAAGAGGACUUUACGGUGCUCGAGGUGGUGGUAAUUGAGAACAAGCCGCACCGCGCCGGGCCGCAGUGGAAGUUCGCGGGCGCCUUCUACUUCGCCACCGUGGUGCUGGCCAUGAUCGGCUACGGCCACUCGACGCCCGUCACGGUGGGGGGCAAGGCCUUCUGCAUGGGGUACGCCAUGGUGGGCAUACCGCUCUGGCUCGUCAUGUUCCAGAGCAUCGGUGAGCGCCUCAACAAGUUCGCGUCAGUGGUGAGUGUCCGUUAG